AUGAUUCUGCAGAUGUUGGUGAAGAGGACAGCUUCUUGGGUCAGACUUCUGCCAGCCCCAAUCCACCACAGACUUUCAACUAUUUCUCUCAAGUCCCUAGCAGCAGUGAUCCAUUUGGCAGUAUUGGGCAGCCACCCUUAACAACUGUUGCACCGCCUGUUGCAGCACCAGCCUUCUCCAGGCCUCCAACUUCACUUCCGCUUGUGUCUGGGGCGCAGGAUGGGCAAAAUGCCUUUUCACCGCAUGUUCCCAAGUCACAGUCCUCUUACAACACACCACCUACUUCACAGGUGGGAAUCACGGCUUAUCAGACUCCUCAGCAGAGCUGUCCCCCGCCUGCAAAUGCAUCUACUCUUCCCCAGGGAACAUCUCAGCAGGGGUAUAACCCCUAUCGGCACACCACCCUGAGCAGCAGAGCUAACCCAUACCUUACUCCACCGCAGCUGCAACAGAGUCCUGGACCUGCUCACCCACCAUCCUCUGUACCACCCGUCCAGAUGUAUCACACACCUCCAGGGUCAUUGGCACAGUUUCCGCAGUCACAGCCCCGAGCUCCCAGGCCUGCAGGUCCACUGGUCCAGGCACCUCCUGUUUUGCUGCAGAACCAAUAUGAGCCGGUUCAGCCACACUGGUUCUACUGUAAGGAGGUGGAGGACAAGCCAAUAUGGAUGCCGUUCAGCAUUCUGGAUUCUGUGAAACUAGAGGAAGUCUAUAAUUCUGUCCAGCCUGAUCCUGAGAGUGUGGUUCUGAGCACUGACGGGGGACGCUAUGAUGUAUACCUGUAUGACAGAAUGAGGAAAGCUGUUUACUGGGAAGAAGAGCCUUCUGAAGUGAGACGAUGCAUGUGGUUUUAUAAGGGAGACAAGGAUAGCCGGUUUGUUCCUUACACUGAGGAUUUUAGUGAUAAGCUAGAGGCAGAAUAUAAAAAGGCUGUAACUACAAAUCAAUGGCAUCGGCGACUUGAAUUCCCAAAUGGGGAGACAAUUGUUAUGCAUAAUCCCAAGGUCAUAGUUCAGUUCCAACCUGCUGCCACACCAGAUGAAUGGGGAACCACUCAAGAUGGUCAGGCAAGACCAAGGGUAGUAAAACGUGGAAUUGAUGAUGACCAUGAUGAAAUUCCUGAUGGAGAAAUGUCCCAAAUUGACCAUCUAGUAUUUAUGGUUCAUGGCAUAGGUCCUGUAUGCGACUUGAGGUUUAGAAGCAUUGUUGAAUGUGUUGAUGAUUUUAGGACUGUUUCUCUGAAGUUGUUGCAGACUCACUUUAAGAAAUCUUUAGAGGAACGUAAGGUGAGCAGGGUGGAAUUCCUCCCAGUUCACUGGCAUAGUUCUCUGCAUGGAGAUGCAACAGGUGUAGACAGGAACAUAAAAAAAAUCACUUUGCCGAGCAUUGGACGCUUGCGCCACUUCACCAAUGAAACGCUUCUUGACAUACUGUUUUACAACAGCCCCACCUACUGUCAGACGAUUGUGGAUAAAGUGGGGAUGGAAAUGAAUCGUUUGUAUGCGCUUUUCAUGAGUCGCAACCCAGAUUUCAAAGGAGGAGUCUCUGUGGCUGGGCAUAGUUUAGGUUCCUUAAUUCUAUUUGACAUGUUGUCUAACCAGAAGGACUUGGCUUCAUCAGUAAGUACUGCACCAUUCUCUGGUGUUAAUGGGACUGUAAAGGACGCGGCUGUUCAUGAUAAACAGAUGACUGAAGAUACCAGUUCCUUGGGCUCCUCAAUUACUACCUCUGGUGAUGACCUUUGUGAGCCUGAAGUAGAUGAUGAUGUUCCUACUUUGCAGAAGACUCUGGAAAUGCUUAGUUUGUCGGAGUAUGCAAAUACAUUCGAAAAGGAGCGAAUUGACAUGGAGUCUCUGCUGAUGUGUACAGUCGAUGACCUGAAGGAAAUGGGGAUACCUCUUGGACCAAGAAAGAAAAUAGCUAAUUUUGUAAAAGACAGAGCAGCCAAGCAGGAGCAAAAGAAAGCAGUAGCAGAAAAGAAAGCAGUGCUGGCUGCCACACUCCAAACUCAAGAAGAUGCCCAGAAAGCAAAAGAGACAGUUACUUCUGUCUCCUCUUCGGAGUCUGGUCAGCUGCACACAAAGAGGAAGCUUCCAGUUGGUGCAUCCGUUUCUUCUGUGAACAUUGACUAUGAGUAUUUUGAAGUUGGAACUGGCCAGGUUUCUGUGGUUUACAAUGCAUUGGACUUUGAACCGGAUAUUUUCUUUGCUCUCGGUUCUCCUAUUGGUGUGUUCCUUACUGUGAGAGGUGUGGAGAAGAUUGAUGAGAACUACAGGCUUCCUACCUGCAAGGGAUUCUUCAAUAUCUAUCAUCCACUUGAUCCAGUAGCUUACAGGUUAGAACCAAUGAUCGUUGAAGACAUGGAUUUAAAACCAGUUCUUAUUCCACAUCAUAAAGGCAGGAAAAGACUUCACCUGGAGUUGAAAGACUCUCUCUCUCGUAUGGGAUCUGAUUUGAAACAGGGUUUUAUUAGCUCUUUGAAGAGUGCAUGGCAGACCCUUAAUGAAUUUGCACGUGCUCAUACAUCUUCAACUCAGCUACAAGCAGAACUGGAGAAAGUAGCUAACCAAAUUAAAGAGGAAGAAGAAAAGCAAGUGGUAGAAG